AGGCAGUUAGUGGGGACGCAGUAGUUAGGGGGGAGGGCUGGAGAAAAACAUGCACAGAAAAACUGUUCGACUGAAUCGAAAGUACUGCUCCUGCGACUCGUUUAUCCUCCUGACGGCUCGUGUAGAGGAUCACACACUGUUUCUGUUCACUUUUUGUCGACUUCGAGGUCGGACUGCAGCGUUCACGGCGACGUCCAUCCGGUUAGAGAAAAAGCAGCAGGCGCUUGAAGUGUGUGAGCGAGUGUGUGAGUGUGAGUGUGUGCCUGCCCUACUGUACGGCCAGUGCAGAAGGAUGUGUCAGUAAGUUUAAGGUGGACGGAGGUUGGAAUGACAAGGCCUUGGUGUUUGGGCUCGCCUUCAUGGGGUCACCAUCAUCGCAUGUCACAGCCUGACUGACAGAUUCAUCUUCAUCUUUCAAAUCCAGCAUUUCCAUAGUCUGUGAUUAAGGUCAGCAGCAGCAUGAAGGGCGGAGGAGGGGGGAAGGAGGUGCCGGCGGAGGGCGAGGUGAGCAGCAAGCAGAGGCCCAAACGCAAGUGCCUGCAGUGGCACCCGCUGCUUUCCAAGAAGAAGGCCCUGGACUUCUCAGAGGAAGAGGAAGAGGAGGAUGAGGAAGAGCUGGAGAAGGUCUCAGUGGAGUGCCCUGAGCGCAGCAGUCAGGCUCCUGAGUGUGUGGCAAUGGAAGAUGACGGCGAGGAAGACUCUUCAGAGCAGCGUGCUCGCCGGCCCAUGAACGCCUUUCUACUCUUCUGUAAGCGGCACCGCUCACUGGUCCGCCAGGAACACCCCAGACUGGACAACCGAGGAGCCACCAAGAUCCUGGCAGACUGGUGGGCUGUGCUGGAGCCCAGUGAGAAGCAGAAAUACACCGACAUGGCUAAGGAGUAUAAAGAUGCCUUUAUGAAAGCAAACCCAGGCUAUAAGUGGUGUCCUGCCACCAGCAAGCCAGUGAAGAGUCCCACUCAUGCAGUGAGUAACGUGCGGAAGAAGACCUGGUCUGUGCCCUCCAACAACACCAAGGACAUCUCUGUUGCCAAAAAAGUGCCCAAAACAGACAACACACCACAGCUAAACUUCGCCAUGGCAGAUCCGACUAAGAUGGGUGGCCUGAGCAUGCUGCUGCUAGCUGGAGAGCACGCCCUGACUGCCAGAGAGAUCUCGUCCAGUAGUUCACAGAGCGGGGUUGCGGAUGUUGCAAAGCAUACUGGGAAAUCUGCCCUUUUCCAGUUGGCCGAGAUUUCCUCCUGUCCACCCCAGCUUGUUGAAGAGUGUAAAAAUUCAGAGUGUCGAAGCGCAGCAGCGCCCCAGACAGAGGUAUGUGGCCUUUCUCAGCCCAACUCGCCAGAUUUACCCAGCAGCUGCAUGCGGUCUCCUCUCUUUCAGCUAGCUGAGAUUUCAUCUAGUGGUUCUCAGGUUUCUGUAUCUGAGGUGAAGCAGUGCGGCCAGUCUGCUCUCUUUCAACUUGCAGAGAUGUGUUUAGCAUCUGAAGCAGAAAAACUGGAGGCCCUGUCCUCCCAACCAGCCAUGGACUCAUCCUCGCUCUGCGCCCAGGACAGCUCUCCUAACACAACCCCCACCAUGGACCUUCCCACGCCAACACCACCCUCAUCCUCCCCAACGUCCUGUAAGAAAAAGAAGAAGAAGCCAAGUGACGUGUCAAAAGGUGAGAAAAGCCCUGGCUCGCCCAAGAAACCCUGCAAAAAGCGCUCUUCAUCCAGCUCAGACCUCGAGAGCUUGAUGUACACUAUUGAAGCAGUGGCUAAAGGAGCUUGGGGCUCAGAGGAGAUGGAACCCACCAAGAAGCGAGCGCGUCCUUCGGGCAGUCCGACGGUUCAGCCUUCAACAGUGGAGAAGAAAAAGACCAAACCCAAAGCCAAGAAACAGCUCAGGACCAAGGAGGAAGAAGAGGAGAAGGAAGAAGAAGAGGACUGCAAGCCACUUGAGACUGAAGAGCCUCUGAUUAGCCAUGAAGCGGAGAUAAAAACCGAGUGCAAGAAGGAAGCCGACAUUAAAGUGGACAGAGAGGAGGAUUCAGAGCCUCACGUCUCUACAGCACAACAAAGUAAAAGUGUAGAACCAAGCUCCCCACUGCCAAACAAAGGAGAUGAGAGGGAGCUGGAGGUUAAACCUGUUGUAAUUCAGACAGAAGAGAAGGAGAUCGAGCCCAAACCCGAGGCCUGUGGAUCCCGGAAAUCAGAGCGAAGCUGUAAGGGAGCGCUGUACAAAACUCUGGUAUCUGAAGGAAUGCUGACAUCACUGCGGGCUAACGUCGACAGAGGAAAGAGAGGCUCCAUGCGUGGCACCGUGUCCGAGUCCGAGAUCGGAUGGACAGAUGAAAGCUGUAAUUUCAGUCAACCUGCUGCCAGCAACCCCAAAAAACUAAAAAAGUCCAAAUCCAAAGAUGAGCCAGUGCCAGGCAAUUUAGGAAAACUGGAGGAGGAGUUUGAGAAGAAGUUUAACAGCCUGCCCCAGUACAGUCCGCUAACGUUCGACAAAAAGAGCACAGCUGUCACCAAAAGGAAGAAAGCCAACGUAGCCAACCCUCUGGAAAAUCCUACGUCAAAUAAGGGUCCAUCCCCAUCUCAGAAAAAGACUUUAUUCCACAAGAUUGUUAGCAAGUACAAGCACAAAAAGGAAAAGGCUGGAACUUUGGACAAAGCCAUAGCACAGCCUGACCCAGCGGCCAGUGACACGGGCAUGGCGAAGGCAGACUCCUCGAGUGUUUCUCUCUCUACCGAAACCCGUAAGACGGGAGAUGUGCCUGUGGGCAGCCAGAAGAGGAAGGCCAGAAAAAGCAAAAUCACUCACUUGGUGCGCACGGCAGACGGGCGACUAUCACCCGCUGAGGCGGACAAAGUGAAGGAGCUGACCCAGGAUCAGGAUGGAAAGCCAUUAACUCAUGAGACUUUAUGCAACACAGAGAGCUGCUCCACUGACCCCGGACCAGCCGAGUCUGACAGCCUGCCGGCCUUCUUCAGCUUAGCUGCCCUCGCCGAGGUCGCUGCCAUGGAGAACAUGCAUCGAGGUCAGCGUGCAGUGACCAUGGCUGCUGAAGGUCAGGUGAAGGACAUGGCUCCUCAGACUCCUGUGCUGAUCUCUUGCGCUGAUCAGUGAAGGUGUAGACCUCGUCUGUGAGUGGACUUAUUUGGACGUACCUGAGAGCAUUGUGCUGGGGAAGAUACAUACACAGAGAGAGAGAGGGAGAGAGAAAGCAUGGAGCAGGCAGAGCUGGAAGAGGAGGAAGAUUACUACGUUACCUUGGAGGCUUCAACACACAUACACAUGAGAGAUCAUGUCGAGGUGUGGCCUGGCUUCCUCCAUUUGCCCUAGACUUUCAGAAACAGGAAAUGGCUGCUGUUUUAAAGUAAACCUUCUUUUUUUUUUGCAGUAUGAGAAAAUGGACCUAAGGAAGCUCUCUUCUAAGUUUUGUUUCUACCUAUUUGCAUAAAACCCCACUCUGAUUCUCUCACUGUUAGAGGAAAAUCUUGUGGCUUCCUGCUCUCCUUCCUGCCCAGAAGCAAACACACAUACACUGCAUACUGUUCGUGUGUGUGUGUGUUUGUGUGCGUGUGUGUAUGGGCGUGUGUGGGAAAUUUUGCUCUACGGCCCCCAUACCUCACAACCAGCCUGCUUAUGCGCCCAAGUCCCUCUCAGCGCAGGCUUCACUUUGACAAUGCACAAUUAAUGCCUAGAUGCCUCUUUUCUGGUCAAAGACCCGUUUUGGACACAGUGCAAGCAUGCACGGCUGCUUCUCUCACAAAAGCAGCCCAAAUGAGACUGCGAAAAUGCACGUUUGUGAUCCAAAGCAAACAAGUUACUAAGUGACUGAACACUGAUCUGGUCAGAAGCCAUUCUCUAUUUUUUCCUCGCGCUCUAACAGCUCCCCGUUACUGUACUGGGCACCCUUCCACUCUCACGUGCACAGCUAUAGAGAUGAAUAGAUUUUUUUAGAGCAGUAUACUUGAAUGAUACAAUGCAUUUUAUGUCAAUACUUGACCUUCCUGCGAUGUGUGUGUGUGUGUGGACGCCUGCGUUGUAUGUGUGUGCGUAGCAUCCUGAUAGCUAAUCCAAAAGAGUGUGUGUAGGUGUGCGUGUGAGUAUGUGCACAUUUGUGCGUGCGCGUACGUGCUGUCGUGAUAGCUAAUCCAAAAGAGUGCUACUAGUUUCCUAAGGUAGUUUCGUAACAGACACUGCACUAAUUUUUAGCUAUAUUACACCAUAUGGCAGUUUAUUAUUUGCUAGAUGGG